AUGGCUUGGUUUAUAAUUAUUAUUCUCUGCCUUGGGAGUUUAAAGGCUCAGCUUUUGGACACAUCCAACAAAACUGAACCAGACUUAGAGGAGAGAUUAUUUGGUCUUCUCUUAAGGUUGAAAACGGAGAAAGUGUACGACACCCUAUUAAUUUAUGGGGAGGAUUGUGCUUUUCCUUCUCUAUCUACAGGAUUACAAGUCCCCACAGUGCUUGUUUCUUCGGGUACUACCAACUUCGAGUGGAACUUCAGCAGCCUAACACUUAUCCUCAGUUGUGAGUUUCAAGCCGAGAGGGAGCAGAACUACCGCACAUUGAUGAAGCUGCAACUAGCCAGGCGCCUCAUUCUUCUGAAAGGAAAUGCAGAACCAGCGACUGUUUGCGACUUCUAUUCGAAAAAGGAACAAUAUAAUGUAGCAAUGGUGAAGGAAAACUUUGACCAGUUCGGGGUAGUAUACUCCUGUCGCCUCUUUCAAGAUCGAAACUAUGAAAAAGUGAAUCUAUUCGAGGUUAACCCAAUUUUCAUAGAUCAAUUUAGAAACAUGCAUGGAGCGCCAAUUAGAACAAUUGCCGACAACUUGGCCCCUCGAUCCAUGGUUACCCAGGACCCCAGAACCGGGAAAAAGAAGUGGAUAGGCUUCGUGGCCAACCUAGUAAACAACUUUAUUGAAAAGGUUAACGCAACCAUGGAUGUGCCGGAAGAGUUGUCUGAGGAGGAUGGGAGAGUUUUCUUUGGGAAUAUUGCUAUGUGGGCGGCAAACGACCUUUUGGACAUUGGCAUGGUCGUGCAGUUUAACUCGGAAAUGGCGAACUUUGAUACGUUUACCUACCCCUACUUGAUGUGCUCUUACUGCUUCAUGGUGCCUCUUCCAGAUCUGUUACCAUACAACGAGGUCUACGGAGUGAUCAUAGAUCGUAGCGUCCUGGGCGUGCUACUUGUCAUAUUCCUCAUCUUCUCGGUGAUGCUGAAAUACAUCCAGCAAAGGUCCUUUCGCGAUCUAAGCCUGACUAGAAUCCUGAUGAACGAUGUAUGCUUCAGGGGGUUUUUGGCCCAGCCUUUUCCCUUUCCCCGCCAAUCAAACAGAAAACUGAAGCUGAUCUGCUUGCUCCUGUGCUUCGCCAGCCUUAUGACCACAUCCAUGUACGGCGCCUACCUGCAGACCUUCCUGUAUAGUCCGCCCUUCGAGCCUAUGGUACGUACAUUUAGCGAUUUUAAAAAGUCCAGAUACAAGGUUGCUGUGAACUCGAUCGCAAUGGACAUGUUGCGCUUCCAGAAGAAUCAUAAGCUAAAUAAAGCAGGCAAAGAACGGAUUGAGGUCUUUAACGACCAAGAGUUCGUAGACCUGCGAGGGGCUUUUGACAACGAAUAUAUCUUUCCGGUGACCAGUGUGCUUUGGGGCAUUUACAAUGAGCAGCAAAAGCUCUUUCACCAUCCAGUGUUUUACUACUCAGAUGAUUUCUGCCUCAGCCAGUACAGCAUAUUGAGUUUUCCCAUAAGGCGCCACCUCCCCUAUCGCGAUCUCUUCGAAGAGCACAUCCUGCGUCAGACGGAGUUCGGACUCCUAAAACACUGGAUCAGUCAAGGCUUUUCGGAUAUGCUCAGGCUGAAACUGGUGUCGUACACGGAUUUUAGCGAACCGCCGGAUGAUGAGCUGGAAAUCUGUAUAGAUGAUCUGUACUGGGUUCUGGGCGUGUAUGCCUUGGGAUUGAGUAUCAGUUGCUGUUGCUUUGCACUGGAGGUUUUGGGAUCUUCAAACUGUUGGACCCGUUUAAAGGAAAAGAUUUACAAAAAGAUUGUAAAGAAUUUUGUCAGAGAUCAUAAAUAA